ACACCUCCCCAUUUAAAAUGGGCUGAAACAUUACACCAUCUGUUAAGUGAUAGUGAUGGUGUGGAGUUAUUUAAGGAAUAUCUAGAUAAGGAAAGUGGCGGAUGUCCAGAGGUUGACUUCUGGUUCGCAUGUGAAGGAUUACGACAAAAGGAUGCUCUACAAUUACCUAGUGUUAUAAAAGUGAUUUAUAAGAAGUUUGUGAGGCCAGACAAAAUAAAAUGUAUUGAUAAACCCACACGGCAGGACAUUUCGGACAAAAUCAAUCGUAAAGAACAAGACAGCACCAUUUUCGAUACUGCCCAGGCAGAAGUGGAGGUGUACAUGAAAAAUGUGACCUAUCCUGCAUUUUUAAAUUCAGAUUUUUAUGUGCAAUAUGUACAGAACUACGGCGAUAGUCCAAAA